AUGGUAUCUUCACCUUCUCCCGCACCUUCUAUCACUUCGGACGAAGCGGAUGGAUAUCUUUUGUUGUCUAUCCCGAAUGUCACCGUGAAACAGGUUUAUCAAGGGGAGAGUAUGAUACUUGCUCGUGGAGAGAUGCGCCUGGAGUGCAUUUCUCUUCCAAUAACCAACGAACAAGGAAAACAAACUGCCAACCCUUUCUCUCCUUCCCCCUCUGAUCCCUCUGUACCAACACAUGAUCACUGGUUAGUUUUAAGAGUAUCGACAUUCGAAAUGCCACUCAUCCCUUCUUCUCCUAUCCUCCCUUCAUCUAAUGUAGAAGGAAUAGCGUACAUCCUAUCAUCACAACAUAUACCCGAUGCGGCUUUACAUUUAAUUUUCUCUUCACCACGGUCCAUUGCGGAAUAUGAAGAUUUGGAUUCUUUUGAGAUUCUACUACGACAAUAUGGAUCUUUGGGUGAGAAAGCCACAGCUUUGGAAGGUGUGCAAGUUGGACCAGCUGGAUCUACCUCCAAUAACCUUGGGAUCACAGGGACAGGGUCAGUGGGGUUGAAAACCCAAGGAAAGGAUGAAGAUAAUUCAGAAGGAUUGAGAAGAAGAACUGGGAAAGGGACACAAGGAGAAUUGAUGGAUCUUGAUAUGAGAGGAAAAGUAGUUUUAGUCAAUGAAGAAACCGGAGAGGUCGUAGGUGAAUUAGAUCAUAGAUUGGAUGUUCAGGAAGGUCAAGGAGUAGCAAGUGGUGGGAAAGAUAAACCUGUCAUGUUGGAUUUCGGUGAUGUUCUUGAUGAAUAUGCUCCGAAAGUGGUAGUACAGACUGUACCCCAGGAAGAGAUGGAUGAUUGGAUGUUACGUGGAGCGCAUAAUAUUAGCAAGGGGAUUUUGACUUUCGGAGCUUGGUCUUCUAGAAUGAUCAACAACUCCGCUGAAAACUUUAUAAAAAAUACAACACCUAGUAAAGAACCUGUCAAAUUUGGUCCUUCUACAAAAGCGGGAGUUCGGAUGGCUCAUAAUGCCAGUGUGAGGACUGUCAAGGUUACAAAGUCGACGGUGGGGAUGAUCAACAAUGUGAGCUUAGGUUACGAAAAAGGUUAUCAACCAAUGCAAGAAUUAUACCAAGAAUAUCGUAAUUCAUCUCCUUCAUUAGACAAACCUUCUUCUUCUACCAUAUCCAACAAUCCCAACAUUUCUACUCCUGUCAAAUCCAAUCCCUCCUCCAAACCUCCCACACCAAUACCUAUCCCAACCACAUCUUACGUUCCCAGACAAUCACCUCGUGGUACACCAUCAAUGCUAGCACCAAUACCCAAACUUCCACCUCGUUCUCGUAGUCCAUUAAACAAUCCCCGAACCGCUCCUUUGAUCCAAAUUUCAACACCGGAUCAUAUCGGUCAAAAAGUCAGUAUACCAAGUACGACCGAGUCUUUAUUAGCACAAGAGAAAACGGCUUCUUCGACGACUAAAACCCCUUCUUCUGCCCCUGCUAUUUUGUCCAACGGUGAUGGAGCUGGGGAAGGGAGUCAUAAAAGACCUUUUUUGAAUAAAUUGUUAUUAGCUGGAGAAGUGGUUUUGACAAGUUUAGAAGCUACUGCACAUGAGUUGAUAGAUGUUGGUACUGCUGCCGCGUCUUCUGCUGCUGGACAUAAAUUCGGUCCUGAGGCAGGUAAAGCGACAGCUUUAGUAGGAGGUAGUGUACGUAAUGUCGCCGUGGUAUAUAUAGACGUAAGAGGAGUAGGUAGACGUGCUUUAUUAAAAUCAACAGCUAAAGGAUUCGUCAAAGCUAGAUUGAAGAAUGGUGAAACUGUUCAACUUCAAGGUGUAGGACAAGUUGGUAGAGGUGAACAAGGGGUUGUGGUAGGUAUGCAAGAGGUACAACGAAAAGUUGAUUAA